AUGGGAAAAGAAGAUGGGGAGAGUUCGAAUAACGAUAUGGGAAUUGGAUCGACACACUAUUUCCAAUGCCCCUUGUUGACGACAACAAACUAUACAAUAUGGUUGAUAAGAAUGAAGAUCAUUUUACAAGCAAAUGGUCUACGGAAAAUGGUCGAGUCCGAUAGAAGUACGGCUGAUGAAAAGCGAGACAAGACCGCGAUUGGGUAUCUAUUUCAAGGAUUACCCAAAGAUAUGAUAUUGCAAGUAGCAAGUUGCACAAAUGCAAAAGAAGUUUGGGAUACAUUAAAGACUCGAAAUGUUGGAGUAGAUCGAGUACAAAAGGCGAAACUACAAACUCUCAAAUCCGAAUUUGAGAUGUUACAAAUGGAGGAAGAUGAAACCAUUGAUUCAUUUACCGCGAAAAUGACAAGUCUCACAUCACAAAUGACAAGUCUUGGAUCAACCCUUGAUGAUGCAACUCGUGUGCGGCACCUGUUAAAUUCUGUACCAGAGAGGUUCAUUCAAAUUGUGGCGUCAAUUGAGCAAUACUCGGAUCUAGAUAAAUUAACUUUGGACGAAGCCAUUGGAAGAUUAAAGACCUUUGAAGAAAGGAUAAAGAUUAAGCAAGGAAAGAUCUUUGAUCAUCAAGAUAAACUAUUAUUUACAAGACAUGACAACAAUGGUCAAAGACAUAGCUAUGAUAAAAAAAAGAAGAGGAAGAUAUGUUCCACCAAAUAA